GGAUGACUUUUAAAUUCUCAAAAUCCUGCAUUCUAUAUCCAUAGUUUUGCAAUAUACAUAAUUAGUUCAACUUGCCAACCAGUCUAUUUCGAAUGAAUACCGGUAGUGAGUGAAUUUGCAAUGCUGCAUUUUGGAACUGCAAUAUGGAGCCAUUUGUUUUCAUUUUGCAAGUUCAGUCCUCAGCUAGUGGUGUGGUACCUUUUUGGGUUCGUGAUAUCAUGUUCGCCAGCUAUGUUAGACGCAAAUUGUCUGCCAUAUUUUCUAACAUAAUCUAUGCAUAUAGUCGUGCAACUGCUAGUGACGCUGAGAAAUUGCAUCUUGUCAUUAAUUGACGUGCGUUAAGAACAUGUUUCACUAGAAAUGACUCAAACUAUUGUUGGUUAACACUAGCUCGAUUGCUCUUCAACUAAACAUUCGUUUCCAACAUACAAUUGAAGCUUUCAGUGCACAAGCUAAACGUGGAGUGCCGAUUUUAUCCCAUGUGUAGAUUAACCAACGUGCAUUUCAACGACUUUUUGUGCGCGCUUCAAAAUGGUAUUAGCUAGCUAUAGUAGCGAUAUUCUGCUAACUUGUUAACUGAAUCCAAGCAACUAGCUAGAGGUAAUAGCAAAACUGAGAAGUUGCAUUCGCUAAAGUCACCCACAGUAGCCUUUCUUGCACAUUUAACAAUUGGCCAUUUGCGAAGUAAAUCUUACAGCACCUAACUAGAUGGUCGACUGAGUUGAACUAUGCUGUUUCUUUGGGCAUUUGAAAGUAUAAUCCUUGCAAAGUUUAUCAUGCUCAUGUUAGGCCUUUGGACAGAAUGGAACAGUCUCAGUUGAUUGACUGUGCUAAGUUUCCCUUGGUUUUUGCUAUUUCCUGUCAUUGUUUUUAUGUAGAAGUGGGUCCUCCAGAUGAAGUUAACAUGAGAUGCUGUUCUUGGCUUAACAUGCAGCUUCUGAGCCUGGACCUCCGGGACGCAUCCAAGCAGUCAACAUUCCCAGUGAGACCUGUUGGUUACAAUAAGCCCUGGACCCCAUGUUCCCUCUCUGCAUCUAGCUCUGCCCUCUCUACUCACGCCACAGAAAGUGCAACCAUGACCUCCAGCCACUGGGGGCAGAACACAGAGGCCUCACUCCCAUCAAGAUUGAAGAUGUCAUUCUGGGCUGAGCGCUCUGUCAGCAUGGUGGAGCCCAGCACGUGCACCCUGGGCUGGGCCUCUACAGAGCCUAAACAUCCCCCAGCCUCUCCUAUUGGUGGCCCUGUCUCUGGGUCUCCCACCUCCUCACGCUAUAAGACUGAACUCUGCCGCACAUUUGCUGAGAGUGGCAUCUGUAAGUACGGGGGGAAGUGCCAGUUUGCCCACGGCUUUGAUGAGAUGCGUGACCUCAACAGACACCCCAGGUACAAGACUGAGCCUUGUCGCACCUUCCACACCAUUGGCUUCUGUCCUUACGGCAUCCGCUGCCACUUUGUUCAUAACAAUGAGGACGACCUGGGCCCUGGUCCUGCCAGACCUGGGCCUGGUCCUCAAACCCCCCAAACCAGACGACCCCCUCUACUUAGGCAGAGCUUCAGCUUCGGAGGUUUCCCCUCCGCCCCUCCACAGCCCCUGGAGCACUCCCUCCCCCACCCCUUCCUCCUUGUGCCUUCAGUCUCCCCUCCCACCUCAUCUGACAUAACCGACCUGCUCUCCCACACCUUCUCUGAGGUGGGCUGUGUCUUUGAGCCGGCCCAUGAACUCCAGUCUCAGUUUCUUCCCUCUCCUGACUCAGGCUGUUCCCUCUGUGGGCUGUCCCCUGUGCCUUCCCAGAACCCCUGUACCUUAUCAGAGGGCUGCAGCCUGCAGCAGAGCCAGAGUCCCCCCUGUGGGCCUGCUCUCAGGGCCAGGAGCCUCUCCUAUACCUCCCUGUCUGACCACGAGGGUGGGUGUGGCAGCUCAGCCAGCAGCCUCAGUGGGUCUGACUCCUCUGGUCCAGAUGGGUCUGGUCGGCGGCUGCCUAUCUUCAGCCAGCUCUCAGUGCCUGACGAGGGCUUCAGCAGCGAGUUCUGCAGCGGCACUAGCUUUUUCCUCUAGGUAGGACUUGCGUCUUUUUUUUUUUUUAAGAACCAUGACUGCAUACUAUUGUGUACCUAAUGUAUUUUUACGGGCAGAUGCUUGACGCAGAAAUGUGCUUCAGUUAAGCUCAAGCGAAAUUAAGCUGUACAAUUUUGAGGUACAAGUUGACAACAAGGCAAGGUGCCAGAGUUGCAUUGCACUGACUAUUUUGGAGAGAGAAAAAUAGUGUAAUCAAUGUUAUUGCCCCUGGAAGUCCUCCAUUCCUGCCACCUGCAGUUGUAAGAAGUGAACUAGUCAUGUAAAUGACAGUUUGAGAAGCAAUUCAUGAAUCUUAGAAUGUAAAAAAAAAAAAAAAAAAAAGCCAAAGACAAGGACACAAUGCAUCUCUGCCAAGUUAGAUUUACCCCUAUGAAUGUUGGUUGACUAUUGUGAUAUUUGUUUCUUUAUUGUAUGUACACUGUUCUUCUGACUGGGCUUAAGAAAUGGACCUUUCCAAAAACCCACUAGUUUUUUAAAAAAUGACUUCAGUGCCUGUAAACUUUUACAGUUUCUUUUAUUUUUUAUGUUGUUGUUGGAAACUGCAAUUUUCAUUGUUAUUGCAGGGGGACCUUGGAUUUUUUUUCUCUCUAUUUUAGAUCAAAGCUUAAAUUGGUUUCCUAACUUUACUUAGCAAGGUGGCUUGUGAGAAUGAAUAAUUUGUUUUCUCACUUGUUUCUGUAAUCUCUGCAAAUGUUUGAAGUUGUAUGAAGACGUUCUGAAGACUCACCGAGUGUCUGUCCCUUGUGUGGUAGACUGCACGUAAAUCCCACGCUGAGCAGAAAAAUACAUGUGCAUGGCAAAGUGAUAUGAUUCAACUGGGUUGCCGUUGGAAUCUGAUUCUAUUGAGUUGGACCUAAACGGCACCUGGUUCAGUAGAUUGAAUCGUAGUGUCUUUCUAGAAGUCCUUGGGGAGAUCUAAUGGUAGAUGGUUUGUAUCUGAAAUGUUUUGGUAGUUGGUUCUGAGUGGGUACUUUUUUUUUUUGCAUUCCAUUGUAUUUAAAUACCUUUUUGACCAACAUGUUUCAAGCUUGUUUAGUGAUAAUGGAGAAUCUUUAGUAAAUUAAGUUUAAUUUAUUUUAAUGUAUUUAUAGAACUUUUUGAGUUUGUAUUAAGUUUAAUAUAUUUUUUGUUGUACUGGAAAUAAACUUUUUUUUAAACAUUG